AUGUCUUCAAAUGUUUUAUAUACAACGCAUAAUAUUCGUUAUUUACGAAUUUCAGAAAAACAAGUGUUACCUCUAAUAAUUUAUCUUCGUCAAGAAAAUCUUUUAUGGUUUAAUGACAUUAUAUUUCAGGAAAUACUUUCAGCUUUACAAAGAAUAAUUCCAAAGAAAUUUUCGCGAAAAAAAAAAAAUGUUAGUAAUAAAUCACUUUCAGAUAUUUACCGCGGAUCAAAUUUCCAAUUCGCUUAUUAUAUUAAACCUACUGAAGUUAAACAUUCUAUAUUAAUAAAGGAUAAAACUUCGAUUUUUCCUUCAGAUAAAAUGAAACUUUCUUUUAAUCUUACAUAUCAAGGAUAUAAUAUUUUUAGAAAAUCUUUAGUGCUAAUAGUUGAACCACUUGACAAAAUCAUUGAAUUCGGUGAUAAUGUUCAAAUUGCUACAGCAAUGACGAUUGAUGAUUAUUUUGGUAGAGAUGACGAAAGUGAAUUAUAA